AUGAUUCUGCAGCAAUUCCGGGCGUGUUCCAGGGCUAGUUAUGUGCAGCUCAAUCUGCGGUCUAUUCCCCGCGUACGCAACUACACAGACAAACCUAGCCGGCCACAAGACCAAGGUGAAGAUGGAUAUCCUUACUACCUCGAUGCGCCGUUACAGCCUAAAUCUGUUCGCGGCGAGGAUAACGAGAGGAGCAAGAGUAUGCCUGUAGGCUUCGGCAACCAGUACGUCGCUGUUUCCGACGAAAAGAGGCGGAUGCUAGAGAAGGUUAUCAACUCAUUCAACGCGCCGAUCCGCUAUGGGUUUGCGUAUGGGUCUGGGGUAUUCCAACAACCCGGAUACACCGAUAAAGAUAAGCCACUAGUCGAUUUCAUAGUAGCGACCACGCAUCCCUACCACUGGCACUCAAUCAAUAUACAGCAGAACCCUACACACUACCCCUUCCUAGCCAAGAUACUCGGUAGCAAGGCGAUAAACUACGUGCAGCGAGCAUUCGGCGCGCGCGUGUGGUAUGUGAGUAUGGUAGAGGUAGAUGGAAUACCGUUAAAGUAUGGGGUGGUGUCAGUCGACGAUCUGUGCCGCGAUCUGCUCGACUGGGAGACGCUGUAUGUGUCAGGGCGAAUGCACAAGCCAGUGCGAAUAAUCAAGGACGACGCGCGCGUGAGACUGGCUCAGCAGGUGAAUCUCACAUCCGCUCUCCGCACAGCGCUGCUACUCCUCCCGCACCAGUUCAGCCAACAGGAGCUAUACGAGAAGAUAACGGCACUAUCCUACUCGGGCGACCCGCGCAUGCAGGUUGGGGAGAACCCAGCCAAGGUCGCCAAUAUCGUCGCUGCACAGAUGGAGCAGUUCCACUCGCUGUAUGAGCCUCUAGCUAUGCAUCUGCGCGGCGUACGCUUUGUGCCAGGAUGGCGGCGUGUACCACAGGGCCAGCGGGCUAUACGGCAACCAAUGAACACACAGGCUAGAGCGGGGCUGGUGGCGAAACUGCCGCUGCAUCUGCGUAGGAAGCUGCGCAGUCACUACGACGUGCUCUACAAGGACGUCAAACACGAUGACGGCGUGUACUGGACUCGCGUUGUAACAGACGAACAGUUCGAACGGCGAUUAGAGAUGGCGGUGGCGGAGAUCGUCAGAAAACCCGCGGUCACACAGUCGCUCAAGGGAGUUCUCACAGCUGGGCCAACGAAAGCACUCUUGUAUGUCUGGCAGAAGCUGUGCAAGCCUGGGGCUGGGCUGAUGGGAUUCGGCGGGGUAUCUUUGCAUCCGCAGUGCGCAAAACAAUCUCUGCAGCCAACGUCCAUGUUCAACUACAGUCUUAGUUUGGAUACGACUAAUCUCGGGGAUGCGUCGCAGGCGUCGCAGGAGGAGAGCCAGAGCCAGCAUUCGAACCAGCAAUACCCUCACUCACAGCCACAACCACAGCGUAGACCGCGUCAUGGUAAAGUUGUGUACGAUUUGCACGCGCAAUUCAUCGCAUUCUACGCCACUUCUCAACCAUCUCCCCAUCAUCUCCCAGUCUUCUGGCAAGGCUCACGAGAGCGCGGCAGCCUCAAGUUCAGAUUCAGGACGCGCGACGGCGGCUCUAUCUGCAUUUUGCUCGAUGACGGCAAUUACGAGUUAUGCAUGCCACUAGAAUGCGUCACCUACCUAGGUAUGCUACCGAUCGACGAGAGCAGCGGGGGAGGAGGAGCAGGAGGAGGAUCGAACAACCCCGAUCAGCUCGAUGUGAACCAUCCCAACUACGCUGUUCAACUUGAGCGGUGUUUAUCGGGUGGUAAAAUUACUUUCGAGUUGGGCGUCGACCAGAAUGCCCUGUUUGACUAUCGCAGGCGGGAGCCAAACAGAUAUGUGCGCGAUCAUUUUAAUACACAAACGCGCGAUGCGGCGUGCGCGGUGAAGCACGUUAAGAUUACUAUUCAUCACUCAGUCACUAAGGAGCUGGCAACGGCUAUGGUGGCGCUCGUUGUGCGCUCACUCAAAUUGAAGUUUUACCCGCAACACACACUCAACGCUUCGCUCAGCAUGAGCAGCAGCAGCAGCAACAGCAACGGUAGUAGUAAGGAUGGUGCUGGCUAUGGCUAUGGAUAUAGCAGCAGUGAUGACCUUUGGUACAUUAAUCCACGUUUCAACGUUGACGGCAACUUCAGUGGGGGUAUGGAGGUGGAUAACAAGCAUGACGACAAUAACAAGACACUCUCAACACCCAAGACACCCAAGUCUCAAUCUCAAUUUCACAAGCAGGUGGACAAGCAACAACUCCAAGACAUACUUGGGAGCUACAACAAAUCACCCUCGCUGUCGCCCGCUUCAAGCAUGCCGACCUUGUCGCCUGUCUCACCAGACACUUACCUCCCAUUGCCGAUGACGCCUAUGGGGCAGCCGGGUGGACCUUCGCAGGCGUACCCAUAUUUUCAGUCACAAGGACAAACACAAAGCCGCGCACUGCCAUAUACGGGACUAAACAUGUUUGAUACAACGCAUGGAUACUUUGCGGGGAACUACGCCAACUACGCGGGCAACACGCACACUCACAUAUCGACUCCCGCUAACAAACCACACAUUAAGGGACUGACACGCUCGCAAUCGCAGAUGAUAAAGUCGCUUAGACAGUUAUCGAUGGAUGAUCUUGGCGGGCUGAGUGGGGUGUCAGUGACCCCAUCACCGUCUGCAGUCGCAGUCUCAGCAGCAAUCUCAACCACGUCAGAAAGGAAGCCGAAUGUUAUCGUCGGCGGUGGGAUGGAGCGUGCACCGGGACACGCGGUGAAUGGGAAUUGGAAGGCACACGUGCUAGAGGAGAAAACGGGGAAUGAGAAUUUAGAGAAUAGGGAAAUUGCGGGGAUCGCGGGAAUCACAGCAACUAGAAGAAAUACAGAAUCUCACUCAGGUAGUCGCUCACCGCCGCUCAAGCGAUCCAAGGCUAGAUGGACAAGAGCGGGCAGGGCGCAGUCGAUUGGGACGAUUGGGGAUGGUAGGAGAGUGUGA